AUGGGAAACUGGGAGAGCUUCAGACGAGACAACAGGGAGUCCCGAAAGGAGCCGGUUGGAAAAGAGCCCGACGUGCCCGAGAUUACAGUGACGGAAGCGUCGCCGCUCGCUCCAGAGAGAUCUUUCUUUAGCGCACCCGGGCCUGCUCACACUGGCAGGACGGGGCAGGACAGCAGCGGGACGGCGAUGGGAAACUGGGAGAGCUUCAGACGAGACAACAGGGAGUCCAGAAAGGAGCCGGUUGGAAAAGAGCCCGACGUGCCCGAGAUUACAGUGACGGACGCGUCGCCGCUCGCUCCAGAGAGAUCUUUCUUUAGCGCACCCGGGCCUGCACACACUGGCAGGACGGGGCAGGAGCGCGUCGAUACGCACAGUUUGUCUGGAAGUGACGAUAACAGCACCCCGAGAGGGAGUCGCAAGCAUUUCAUAGAGGUCAUGAUGAACAGCUCCCCAGGCAUUCGGCGCUCUUUUUACCUGUCCCCCAGGGCGGAAGCUGACUCCACCUCUAUGGUUUCCUCCACCCUGGACGAAGACAGGACAGCUGUAGCCCUGGAGCCUAUGGAGCACGAGUGGAUGAUGUGUGCGUCAGACGGGCAGUGGAGCAGCUUGCAUCACCUCCUCACCGCAGAGCCCAGCCUCCUCCUGAAGAAGGACUUUGUGACGGGCUUCACCUGCCUGCACUGGGCCGCCAAGCACGGCAGGCCUGAGCUCAUAGCCAUGAUUAUUAACUUUGCCAAGCUGCACGACAUUUCUGUUAGUAUUGAUCUUCGAUCCAGCACCGGCUACACGCCUCUGCACAUCGCCGCCAUGCACGGGCACGUGGAGGUGGUCAAGCUUCUGGUUAGAACCUACAAUGCAGAUGUGGAGAUCAGAGACUAUAGUGGGAGGAAGGCCUGCCAGUACCUCACCGACAACGUGAGCGUGGAGAUACGGAGCAUCGCUGGAGGCUGUGAGUGCUCUGCAGGUGAGAACGCUCAUCCCAGGGACGGACGACGCUGGAGGAUCUCCAACAUGAAGCCCCUCAGCCAGCUUAACUCCAACGAUUGUGCUUCUGGGGACAGUGAGGGCCAACCCAGGGAAAUACCCCUGUGGAGGAAGUCCUCACUGAGCAGGAUGAAGCCCAAACUGCAGAAGCUUCGUGACAGGACAUCCCAGAUCAUCCACAGCACUUCGUUCAAAGAUAAAGAGCAACAGGGAGGGUCAAAGAGAGCCUCUAGAUCCAGAGCCAAGAGCCACUUCUUUGGGUCAGAUCAGUGCUGA